GCGGCGGCGGCGGCGGCGCGGCGGCGCGGCAGCGGGUUCCGUUCCGGGCCGAGGCUGGCGGCGGAAAAGUUGCGGGGCGGCGAGGAGCAGCCCCGGGACGGUCAGCGAGGGCGACAUCGAGCCGGGGGCCGGCGUCUGAGGACCAGCCAUGGACGACCUCGACGCCCUCCUGGCAGACUUGGAAUCUACCACCUCUCACAUCUCCAAGCGGCCAGUGUUCUUGUCGGAGGAGCCCCCCUACUCCUACCCAACUGGAAACCACACCUACCAGGAGAUUGCAGUGCCACCUCCGGUCCCGCCACCCCCUUCCAACGAGGCCCUCAAUGGCAUGGUCCUUGACCCCUUAGACCAGUGGCAGCCUAGUGGUUCCAGAUACACUCACCAGCAGCCUCCAUCCCCAUCACCUGUGUACGGCUCCAGUGCUAAAAAUUCCAGUGCCUCCAACCCCCAGGACGGCGUUAGCUCUCUGUGUUCUCGAGCAGGCGAGGAAGAACACGUUUACAGCUUCCCCAACAAGCAGAAGUCAGCAGAGCCAUCGCCUACCGUGAUGAGCUCCUCCCUGGGCAGCAACCUCUCUGAACUUGACCGCCUGCUAUUAGAACUGAACGCCGUGCAGCAUAAUCCCCCAGGCUUCCCUGCAGAUGAGGCUAACUCAAGCCCCCCACUUCCCGGAGCCCUGACCCCCCUUUAUGGCAUCCCAGAGAAUAACAGUCCCCUGGGAGGCAAAGCUGGGCCCCCGAUGAAGGAAAAGCCAAAGCGCAAUGGAGGCCGGGGCCUGGAGGAUGUACGGCCCAGCGUGGAGAGCCUCUUGGAUGAGCUGGAGAGUUCUGUGCCCAGCCCUGUCCCGGCCAUCACUGUGAACCAGAGUGAGAUGAGCAGCCCACAGCGAGUCACCUCCAGCCAGCAGCAGACACGAAUCUCGGCUUCCUCUGCCACCAGGGAGCUGGAUGAGCUCAUGGCUUCAUUGUCAGAUUUUAAGACUAGCUCUUCUGCUGUGGUACUGAGCUCGCAGGGGCUGCUGCCCAGCUCUGCUCCAUUCCCACCCCUCACCCUUCUGCAUCCUCCUCCUUCCAAUAAAUCUGCCCUUGGAGACCACACUCCAGAGGUCAUCUCCACAGAAGGAAGUAGUCAGGUCCUUCGAUCAUCUGUGGCUCCCAGAUGCCUUGAUUUGGGCAGUCCUGAGGAGGCCCCUGACACUCAAAACUCAAGGUGUCCUGUGGAGGGUUCUCAGCAAUCAUUUGGCACUAAGAGCCAGGCUCAAGUUAAGAGUGACCUGAUGGACUCCAUGAGUGAGCACCUUAGCAGCCACACUCCAUGUCCUGCUGGGAGCACAGUAUCCCAGGGGCCACUGGCCCACCAUGUCUGUUCAGAGGAGACUGUGGCUCCCACUGGGAGAUGGCCACAGGCUGAGAUUCCCCACGGAGUGGCUUACAGCUUUCAGGAAGGGGCUGAGCCAGCUGUUGUGGCAGUGGACCGGCAGGCUGUCCUCCCAGAUACCUGGACUCUCACCAAGGGAUGUGGCCAGCAGGAGAAGGCACAGUCAGAACUAGGGGGUCUGGGAAGCAGUUGUUCUGUCCCAGGGGACAAGUUGAAGCUAGGUGGGAAGAUGCCCCAGCAGGGAAGCCUGGGGGGACUAGCCCAGGCGCUCGAGAGUCCAGGGAAGCCAGAAGGAGCCACAGAAGCUGCUCUGGAAGCCAGGAAGGAACAGCCGGAGCUUCCUCAUGCCAUGGCCACGGGGACACCCAGCGCCUCGGAGAGGAUCUCCACUUCUGGCCAGAUCCGCUCUGUGAUCAGGAGGAGCCGGGAGACAGGCCACGUACAUCCCAUGUCCCGGGAACCCUCCCCUCGCCGCAGGCUGGACCCUGCCACCCUGAGCAGGAACCCGUCCCAGGAGCGGCUCAUUGCAGAGCUGCAGGGCCGGUUGGGCAUCCAGCUGGAGGCAGAGGAGCUGGCAGAGCCCUCUGCCCAGGACUGGCUGACUGAAGGCGUUGUCAUCACUGUGCAGCCACGUGGGAGGCAGGCCGGGGGGCAGCUGGUAGAGAAGGUGGUCUACCCUCCUGACUCCCCCAUCCCCCUGAGAAGAACUGUCUCUGUUGUGGCUCCUUCUCCUCCUGUCCCUUUGCUCCAGCAUCACACUUCGGCCAGCUCUCCUCUCCAGCCCAGCCUGCCCAGUCCCUCCUGUCUAGGGCCAUUGGCUGGUGCCUCUCCUUCUUCUGGGGUCCAGAGUGCAGGGGGAAAGCCCCAGGAGGAGGGCAGGCGUAGCCCUCCUGCUCUCGCUCCUGUACCCCACAGCGUGCGGUCUGUGGGCUGCCAGACCAAUGAGGACUCACUCUUCAGCCCGACCCAGGCAGGCCUCCCAGGGGUCCUGGCACUUGCCCCGCCUGUGCCCUGCCUCAUCCCCGAGCCACCUCCCCACUCUGUGAGGAUGCACGGCCUGGAACAGAGAGCGGACGGAGAGCGGCAGUGGGCAGCCGGCUGGGCCCCCAGCAGCAGGCAGAGCAGCCCUGAAGGGCAGGACGAGGGAGGGUUCAUGGCCCAGGGGAAAACUGGGAGCAGCUCACCCCCUGGGGGACUCUCAAAGCCGGGGAGCCAGCUUGACAGCAUGUUGGGAAGUCUGCAGUCUGACCUGAACAAGUUGGGGGUCGCCACAGUUGCCAAAGGGGUUUGUGGGGCCUGCAAGAAGCCCAUCGCUGGCCAGGUUGUGACCGCCAUGGGCAAGACGUGGCACCCCGAGCACUUUGUCUGCACCCACUGCCAGGAAGAGAUUGGGUCCCGGAACUUCUUUGAGCGGGAUGGGCAGCCCUACUGUGAAAAAGACUAUCAUAGUCUCUUCUCGCCACGCUGUUACUACUGCAACGGGCCCAUCCUGGAUAAAGUGGUGACAGCGCUUGACCGGACAUGGCACCCGGAGCACUUCUUCUGUGCCCAGUGUGGAGCCUUCUUUGGUCCAGAAGGGUUCCACGAGAAGGACGGCAAAGCCUACUGUCGGAAAGAUUAUUUCGAUAUGUUUGCCCCCAAGUGUGGCGGCUGUGCCCGAGCCAUCCUGGAGAACUAUAUUUCGGCCCUCAACACCCUCUGGCACCCCGAAUGCUUUGUGUGCAGGGAAUGCUUCACACCGUUCGUCAAUGGCAGCUUCUUCGAGCACGACGGGCAGCCGUACUGCGAGGUGCACUACCACGAGCGCCGUGGCUCGCUGUGCUCGGGUUGCCAGAAGCCCAUCACCGGCCGCUGCAUCACCGCCAUGGCCAAGAAGUUCCACCCCGAGCACUUUGUCUGUGCCUUCUGCCUCAAGCAGCUCAACAAGGGCACCUUCAAAGAGCAGAACGACAAGCCUUACUGCCAGAGCUGCUUCCUGAAGCUCUUCUGUUAGGCCACUCCUGCCACCGCCGCUCCCCAGCCAGUGCCAGCCACUGCUCCCGUGACCCAGGGGUGACAAUCCAACAGAAACUGGAACCUCAGACGUGCUGCCCGUUUCUCACCCCUACCAGAGCUAAGGGGCCUCCCUCUCCUCCCGUGGCUCUGGGCUCUGGGCUCUGUGCACUUCACCAGAGUUGGCAGCUGUAGCCUUGUCGUCUCCUUGUGUGUCCCACACCGAAGUCCCUCAUACUCACCUAUUAGCAGUGGGGUGAGAGGGGAGGGCAGAGCGGGUCAGCUCAAGGCUCUUUUUAUCCUUCUUCCAACCUAAUUACCCUAGUGUAUUGGGGACACUGGGCCCCCUCUAGACAAUGCCAGCAUAAACUCACCCAUGGGCCACCUAAGGCACUUGGGUUCCACCGCGCAGUCUCCCAGGGUCUGGGUGACUGCCUCAUUGAUACCUGCCCCAGUUCUCCGAGAAAGCCUUCUUCAGCAAUAAUGUUUUAUAUGGACACAUUCUCCAUCUCUGGGGACAGCGUGAGGUGGGGGAGGUCACCCAGGCCUCAGCACUGUACCGAUUUUGAUAGAUUUCUACACUGAGAUUCAACUUCUUAUCGCUCAAGUUGCUUUUACUUCUCUCUACAAGAUAAUUUUGAAGAGAUUUAAAGAACGUCUGCUUUUGUAUUCUUGUCUUUGUCCACUGCCACUGGUUCUGCCAGUGGCCUUGGUUUUGGUGUGGACUUUGCUUUGUACUGAGGGCUUGGGAUUGGGAAACAAUUUGUAUCUUAUUUUAUUUCUUAGCACAUGUGAGUUGGGGUCAACUCUGAGACCCCUUCUGUAACUUCACAGCUCCCUAGGACUGUUUUUAAACUGCUGUAUUUUCAAGUCCUUCCCUUACUGCCCAAGUCAAGAGGCUCUACAUUAAGAACUGGACUAAGGGUGUCCAGCCCUUUUGGGCCUGGAAUUCUAAACCUCGCGUGUCCUAUUCUCAAGGGAGGAAAAUAGGACAGUACACAAGAAAGUCUGCUUCCUGCCUAAGUAAGCCACCAGGAGCCAGCUUCUGCUCCCCCCAAACUUUCGGGAACAAGGAGAACCCACCGACCAUUCUCAGCUGCCUCAUUGCUUCUCUGGGCUUCUUCCUUCUGCCUUCUCAGGAAAGCUGGUGUCUGAUUUUGACCAGGAAGACCUUAAAAAGGCCUCUGGUCUCCAUUCUACUGGGUGCAUCUCUUGCUCAAACUUCCUGGUUGCUGGGGCAAAGGUUGCUCCCUUUCACAGGUGGGGUUCGUGCUUGGGGAGAGGGGUUCUCGGAAGAAUGCCCCAAGUUGGUACAAGUUGGCCUGGUAGGAUUUAGGGCAGAGGGAAAAGAUCCUGUUAGAGCAAUGGGAAGCCCCAUAGCUCCUAUUCUAAAGGAUGAAACAGGAGUGGUCAGCUUGGAAAUGGCCCUCUAGAAGGAUCCAUAGGCAGGGGACCUAGACAUGGCAUCAGCUUCCUAGGAGAAGCCUAGUGUGAUGGAGUCCCAGAAAAGAAUCCUCAGCAGUAGCCCAGAGCCAGGAAGGUCCGCUUGGGUGCUCCAGGGUCUCACAUCGGCAAUUCCACCCACAGGCCUUAUUGCUCUGUUUACAGUGACCUGCUCCAGGCCCCUCUCCAAGAAGACACUGGGGUAUCUGGACGGCUAUUCUCUGGGUCAAUGGAUAUGUGAUUAUUUGAUUUGUUGUUGUUUUUUCCCCCCUAUAAACUUCUAACCUGGCCUUUUCCAUUUCAAUUCCUGUGAUUUAUGCCAAUAAAGUUUGCCAUUAUUUUCACUCA